AAUAAAGUUUGUUUGUUGACAGUUAGGCAAAAUGAUUUAAAUCUUUCGUAAAAAAUGUUCAAAAAUACUUUUCAAAGUGGAUUCCUUUCGAUUCUAUAUAGUAUAGGAAGUAAGCCGCUUCAAAUAUGGGAUAAGAAGUACAAAAAUGGACAUAUCAAACGAAUAACAGACGAAGACAUACAAUCAUUGGUUUUGGAAUUAAUUGGUUGUAAUGUGAGUACAACGUAUAUAACAUGCCCUGCUGAUCCAAAGAAAACUUUGGGAAUUAAGUUGCCUUAUCUUGUGAUGAUAGUGAAAAAUUUGAAGAAAUAUUUCACUUUUGAAGUCCAGAUUUUGGAUGAUAAAAAUGUUAGACGUAGAUUCCGAGCUAGCAACUACCAGUCUACAACAAGAGUGAAACCAUUCAUUUGCACUAUGCCUAUGAGGUUGGAUGAAGGCUGGAACCAAAUUCAAUUUAACGUCGCUGAUUUCACAAGACGAGCUUAUGGUACAAAUUACGUAGAAACACUUAGAGUUCAAGUCCAUGCCAAUUGCCGUAUAAGAAGAGUGUACUUUUCUGAUAGACUUUACUCUGAGGAUGAGUUACCAGCUGAAUUCAAAUUAUUUUUACCCAUACAAAACAAACCUAAAGCACAUCCGUAAAGAGCAGUUUUAAGUUAAUGAUUCCACUACCAACGUAAUGCAAUAAAGACUAAUUAAAUCGUUAUUUAUAUUGGGGCAUCGAUAGUUUGUAGAAUAAAUUAACAACUUUUGACGCACUUUUAGCACUGAUCAAUUGAUCUCUUGUGAAUUUUUUUUACGAAGAUUAUAGAUUAAUAUUUGUUUAGAGGACGUUUGCUUUUAGGAGGAUAAAAUAAAUCACAUGUAAAACAAA